CCCGGGGCCGGGCACCGCCGCGGGGACGGGAGGAGCCGUUGCCGCCGCUGCCGCUCUGCUCCCCGGCCGGGCGCUGGGGGAGCGGGCGGGCGGGGCCCGCGGAGCUGGGCCAUGAGGUUUCCUUUGCCUGAUCUGUAAACAUGUCCACAGACCUGCUAUGGUGUGAGGAUUGCGGCAAAAGCCUUAUAGGAGAAUGCAAACUCCACGGACCACUCAUCAGGGCUAAAGAUAGGGUUAUUCCUAGCCGAGCCCGUCUCACCCUACCUCAUUACCUUACUUUGCGAGUGUUGGAGCUGCGAGCUGGAAACCAGCAGAUCCUUGGAGUAUUUGCAAAGAAAGUAAUACAGAAGAGAACACAGUUUGGUCCUUAUGUUGGUCAACUGUCUACAAAACUGACCCGCUAUGAUGAGAGCAGGCUAGUCCUGCAGGUAUUGAAAGAUGGAGGAAAGUACUUUCUGGACACUCCCAAUGAAGACUGUGGAAACUGGAUGAUGUUUGUCCGGCUAGCCCGGAACCAAGAAGAACAGACUCUUGUGGCUUAUCAGCAUUGUGGAGAAGUCUACUUCACAACCGUUAAGCCAAUUGAACCUCACACAGAAUUGAAAGUAUGGUAUGCUGCCGAUUAUGCCAAAUUUAUGGAAGCUUCUGCAGUCUUCAUUAAAGAGGAAUCUGACGUCUGUCCUUUGCCUCCAGUAGCAAAAGAGCCCGUAGACCCUUGGAUAUGUUCCAGCUGUAGAAGCACUUUUGCAACUUUUGCUCUGCUAGAAUCUCACCAGUGCAUCCACAAAGACCGAGUCCUUACCACCAGGUUCAGACCACCAAAUAAAUUGGGACCUGUAAAGGCAAAAAGCAAACUCAAAGGGAAACUGAGAGGAGCGACAUUAGGCAAAAGCAUUGCCCAGUGCUACGGGACCAUUUCCUGUUCCUCUGCUGCAAAGCUAAGCUGUACCAGCUCAGGAAGCACUUGCGAUGCUCUUGUGAGGUUCAUACCUAAAUGGAGAAAUGGCCGGUCUUCACUGUUGAAGGGAAAAGAAGCGAAGCAGACAGACGGUUACCCUUGCCGACUCUGUGGGAAGAUAUUUGAUUCAAUUGACAAGCUCACAGUCCACACUUACGUGCACAAAGGGGAGCGCCCCUACAAGUGUUCCCAGCACGGAUGCACAAAAGCCUUCAUUUCCAAAUAUAAACUGCUCAGGCACUCAGCCACUCAUUCUCCACAGAAAUCUCACCAGUGUGGCUACUGUGAAAAAACCUUUCACAGGAAAGACCAUCUGAAGAAUCACCUUCAGACUCAUGACCCUAACAAGAUGGCCUUCAAGUGUGAAGAGUGUGGAAAGAAGUACAACACCAAGCUAGGCUAUAAGAGACACUUGGCUCUUCACGCAGCCACCAGUGGGGACCUUACCUGUAGGGUAUGUGCCCAGGAGUUUGGCGGUACUGAAGUUUUGUUGGAACACCUCAAAAGCCAUGCAGGGAAACCAACUGGUAAUACCAAGGAGAAGAAACAUAAGUGUGACCACUGUGAGCGUCACUUCUAUACCCGUAAAGAUGUGCGGCGUCACAUGGUAGUUCACACAGGCUGCAAAGACUUUCUGUGCCAGUUUUGUGCCCAGAGGUUUGGGCGGAAGGACCACUUGACUCGCCAUACUAGGAAGACUCAUCCACAAGAACUGCUGAAGAGCAGGUUGCAGAAUGGUGACUCAGUGGGUCUCCUGGACCAGCUUUUUCCAUUCAGACUGAAGGAAGAUGCUGGCAUACUGUCCCCUUUUCCUGAAAGGGUCUCUGUGCAGAAUGGGAUUUUGAAUAGUUCAGAGUCAGAGGAAUACAACUGUUCACAUCUUCAUUCCCAGCCAAGCUUACAAACUGCUCUUCCCCUUGAAUCUCCUCCUCAUUUGCAAAGGAUGGGCUGUGCAGACAGCCUUCCAGCUGUCCAUCCCACACCAUGCUCAACAGCCAUUCCUGCCAACCUGAACCUUCAUCAGCCUAAUAAAUAUGACCUUAGUUCUACCUCAUUUGCAGCAGGAUCCCUCAAGAGUCUACCAAUAAAAGUGGAUGUUAAAGGUUACAAUGUGCAUCUUCUUGAGGACCUGCCAUUACCAGAACCUCAAUCUCUCCACAAAAUCAGUCUGGAAGAAGCUUCCUCAGGGCCUGUAGGGGAUACUAACAAGUACCCAGUGCACAAGGAGACAGAGGCAGCAGCUGAAACUCCGAGCCUGCCUUUCAUGGAUCUCACUCAUGUGAUGAGUUUCUGGCAGCUCCCACCAGGUGACAACCAGAACACUACUGGGGACAUCACAAUGGCAUUUGGUUCAGAGGAACCAUCACACAGGCUGAAUGGCUUUGGCCAACAGCAAGGUCUUCAGCUAGCAACUGGUGGGAUGGCCAUAAACCAGCUGCAUCAUCUUCCUCGCUCCUUUCCAUCCACUACAAAUUCUGUAACGUUGCCUCAUUUUCAUCAUGCCUUCAAAUAACUAUCACCAUGUUUGGGGGUUUUUUUCCUUCUUUUUUGAAGACUGUGCUUCUUACUUAAAUCUCUUAGGAUGGGGUGAUUUUGUUUUGGUUUUGUUUUGUUUUUAAGAAAAACUGCCCCAAAAGUUUUCAAAGCACGUUAUGAACGUGGUAGUUAAAUUCAGGACGUUAAUAAACAAGAAGCUCUAUUUUUCAUACUACUAUUAGUUUUUUAGCAUAUGACAACAGUAGAACUAACAUAUUUCCCUCAACACCCUCUAUAUUUUUGUUUCUUACCUUUCACGCGAACAACUGAAUAAAUACCUGCAAUGAUAGCAAAGCAUCAUAACAGGCACAAUAAAACUAUGGCUGCUGCGGUAGGAGAAAUAGGCUUAGGGUGAAUGGGAAGAAGGGGGAAAUCACAGAAAAAUCAUUUUAAUGAGCCAUAAAUCACAGCAAAUUUAUACACAUGGCAAAUGUAACAAACAAUUUAUGAACGUCACAUAGAUUUCUGUUAAGCAUUUAAUUACUGAACUUUAUGAAUAUUUCAUUGAAAUCAAAAUCAUUCCACGAAUAAAUCUUACCUCCUUGUUCCACUUUUUUAAAUGAAGAUGAUCACUUCAGAUAUGUGCAUCUCCUGCAUUUUUUCCUAGGGCUGGAAAUAACUCCCACUUCAGCAUGAUUGUGUGAGAACCGAUGUCUUGUAUACAUGCAGUUUUCAGAAUGGGAAAUGAAUUGUCUCAAAGGUUAGAGCAAAACAUUAAUUUUCACUUAGAGCUGUAUCUGGCAAGGUAUCAGCACCCGUCUUUCUCUAGUAAAGCACUUAAGCAGUUGGUUAAAUUUAAGCAUAUGUUAUCCCAUUGGGUCAACAGCUUGAUUGAUUUAACAUUCAAUAAAAACUAAUGCUUCCUACCUUAAGGGGCCUUUAUUCACCUUUCGUUGAUUAAAAAAUGGCCGUUAUUUAGUCUGGGAAAUGAUUAUUAAUCGUAGCCAUCUGAAAUGUGGAUUCCUUUAUGGAAAGCCAGCCCUGGCCAGGCAGCUUGCCGAAGGCAGGCUGCGACCAUGCAGGACCUCUGGUGGGACAGGUCCACAUACAGAAGGUUUGUGGUGGUGAGCUCCUGCUUGGCUGUGUUCAAAACCAGGUUAUGAACCUGCCUCACAAGUGUCACCUGAAAUUAGUGGGUGUAAUUGAGGCAAUUUCAGUCCUGGGGGUUUUGCUCAGUAGCGUUGGCACAGCUGCAGUUGGACUUCCAGCCUUUUGUUUCCUCCAGACCAGAACCACCGGGACUUUGGUUUGUUUCUUGGGGUAAAUUGUCCAUGUACGUUUCUAGUUGAUGGUGCGUUGAUGUGAGUCAUAUCACCUGAUACAUCGCAAAAAUCACAACUCCCAGUAGAUGACAUUAUUAAAAAAACAACCAGCCACAUUCUUCACAAUUUACUUUCUUGCCUAAUCCAUGCUCAUAAAAAAAAAAAAUCCUGGUUUGAGUGGAUGAUGCAAUUACUAAGGGAUGCAGUUGCAGCUACAACAGACACAGACUUUCUGAGUCUGAGUAAAUUCUCAAACCCUGACUGAGCAUGUUCUCUACUCCCCUAUUAAUCACAGAAAUAUUUCCAGAUAGCUUCAAAUAAAAUAUAUUUUUUAAAUUUUUGCUGUUUUGCUGUUAAUGAUCUACAACGACAUUGCACACAACUACAAAGAUCUGAACGUUCUUACAAGUUUAUCAGUACUUGGUUUAAGGAAAGGUUGUAUUAUUGCAGUUCAUGCAGGAAUAUCUUCUUCAGAGACACUGUUGAGUAGUAUUCUUUGUUACACACAUUUCUGGCAUAAGGCAUCAGAAGGAAUUUUAAUAUUCUUUUAAUGACAACCACAAUAGGAAGAGCAGGUGCUGCACAGUCAUGCCCAGUUAGAAGUUAUUUAAAUUAUGAGUUCCAGAAUAAGGAAGAGGUUGCAGACAAUGUUACAUGUACGUUCUACAGCUAGGCUCGUAUUUUCAUUCAGACUUGGAAAGGGGUGUGUGUAUUCACUUACUGCAUUGUUUUCUUUGUUCAUGCAAAUUGUAUUCACUUGGCUUCAUCCAAGUUUAUGUACUUGUAAAAAAGAAAAAGAAAAAAAACAACACAAAUUUUGUAGCAGUGCCUGAUCAUAUACUGUUAAUAGACAUUUUUGUCAUUUUGGUUUGUGCUUCUAUGAGAGGUGUAACUAAUUACUGAAAUACUUGUCUUUGAAUUAAAACCUGAUGUUAAGAAGAAAAUGUUAUGCAAACGCUGAACUAGACGGGCACCCAACCUUCUUUGAGCUGCUCGAGUGCAGGGGGGUGGCUGAGCUCUGAGCUGCCCGGAGGGGUGCUGCUGCUGCCCGGCCUCAGCCUCUUCUGAAACCUGGAAAGAUGCAUUGGCAAGAGACGCUUAUCGUACGUAACUACGAGUUAAAGUCCGAGUCUCAUUCAAGUAAAAAAGAAAAAGAACCACUUCUGAUAUUAAAACACUUAAAAAGCACGCUAUGAUGAUGUCUACAAGUAAAACACACGUUAAAUGCGUAAUGCUGCGGCUUUUACCCCUCAGCCCCUUCAGAUUUCUUUUUGCAGAUAUCUUGACAUCAUAAAUGUAGAGGAAGCUGGUGGUGUCCCAUCACAAAGGCAGACAAAUUAUUUCAAAAGGUCACGUUUGCAGAAGAAUGGUUUUGUUUUAAAAUUCUCACGACUCAGGAGAUGCCCCUGAGUCAUCUAAUACUUAGUGUAGGGCUGGACUUUCUUCUAGCUGUUGUUAGGGAAGUUUUUUGUGAGCAUUUUUGAGAGGCCAUCAGUAGCUCUCAAGGCUCGUGAAUACUUUGUUUCUGGGCAAGCAAAUUCUUCAGGCUCGGUAGUCCUGCUUGGUGUGGUCCUGAAUAUCUCAUUUCUGAAAGAAGAAUAGUUUGGUUUUGGUGGAGUUCGGGUGGAAAGCAAGAACCCCAUGGAGAGGUGUGGAGAGAUGGCAGGAGGUCUCUCCACACCUCUCCUUUAGCCAGCUCUCCCUGGGCUUACCUGUGGUGUCCGAGAGGAUGGGGCUGGCAGGCGUGGCUUCAGGCAGUGGCAGUGGAGGAGGUAGCAAGGACAUCUCUGGUGGCACUGUCUUUCGCCGAUGCAGGGCUGUGACAGCACUGGUGUGGGGAGAGGUGGCCCCACACACGCUGUGAGCAUGGUGGAAGCAGGCGGCAGCUCCACCAGUGGCCAGUGCUUCCUCCUCUCAGGAACAGCCCAUUCUCCAAAUGGGAGAGGAGGAUGCAAGGGCAGAGAGGUGGCGUGGGGAAGGUAGGAUAGACCAUGGCAUAGCACCUAGGGGACAGAAAAAAACAAACCUGGCGCCCUGGGAGAUGUGAGGAUAUUUUACCUCAUGUCAUUGUAGCAAUAAAAAAAACACUCUUUCCUCGGAACUCUGCUUGUAAAGCUGUAGAAGCAGAGUGAUACAUGCCAACCGAACAGCAGAAUUACUAAAAUCAAAUGAUACCAUAACAUAUAGAGAAACUUAGUACAUAUUUCCUCUCAUACAAAAAAAAAGAAAGUGCUCAUUUUAUAAAGAAAAGGAAGCCAUGUAAACCUGAAAUAAGGAGCUAAAAUUACACUACAUGGAACAAAAGGCUGCGUCCUCUAUGUAAGAAAAAAACAAAAACCAACAACAAUUUCUAGUGCUGAGUUCCCAUCCCCUACCAGAAACCAUGUUCAUUUCUUCAGUUUUAUUCACCAACGCUUCCUGUUGGGACUCUUUUCUUAACAAAUGGCUUACUGUUAAUUCCCAGGAGUUUUUCACAGCCAGUCUGAAAUAGGAUGGUAAGUUCCAUAUAUUACUGAUUCUUUUUCUGCUAGCAUAAUUUUGAAGUGCUCCUCUCCAAUACAUGGUUCCUGUCCCUAUAGUUACAUUUUCUGUAAGACACUGGGAAAUGGUCUGUGGAAUCGAUACCAAACAGCUCUACACACACAAAUAAUGGGGGAGGACCCCCCCAAACAUGGUAAAGCUUGCUUUAACUUUUGAGGGUUCAUUUAUUCAGGUGUAAAAUAAAACAGCUGUGAUAACAUUGCACAAGACAGUCUGGUACGGGGUUGUUCCCCCACCCUUUAUUCCUGGAUUGAAAAAAAAAAAGGCCAAGAAGCGCUGCGUUAAUGUAUUUGGGCUAACUUCAUGCCUGUUGUUUCUAAGUUUAUCAUCUGUAGGAGUUACACUUGCUUCAGUGUCAUCCUUUCUGUAUCUAAUCACUAUUAGCCAGAGCCCAAGUAGAGUUUAAUUAGACUCUGUAAAGACUGGUAUUUAUUAUUGCUGCGUCCAACUAUUUUUCAUCAUCAUUUACUUUAUGAACAUUUAAUAGGCAAGAAAAUUCCUUAUGGAUUUUAAUUGAAAGCCUUAUUGGGGACUGUUGGGCUUAAAAAAAGCCAAACAACCCAACAUACUGCAACGCUGAAAGUUUAUCCAGGGUGAUCCAAGGCUGGUAAUAGAUUGGGUGGCCGAAAAAUAAGGCGGCAUAUGCCUCUGCGACAUUUCCAUCUUAUCAAUCAAUUUCUAAAAGCAAUUGAAGUUUUUAAUGCAAGAAGGAGAUUUGGUUUCAGUUACUCUAAACUUGAAGUGCAUACACAGCCAUUUAUCGCUUAUC